AUGACUCGAUCAACAAAAAAUAAUGUGAUCACUUUUAGCGGGUCUUAUGACUCUAAGAAGAUUGCACCCGAUUUCGACCGUUUUGAUAAAACCGACGAAGAGAUAGUUGAAGCUUAUAGACAUAAACUUACACUUGAUCCCGAAAUGCUCGUUAAUAAUUCCGAAACUACACGUAUCGCGUUACAAAAGAAAAAAGAUGAUACACAAAAGGUUCCUCGACCACCGAAUUCUUUCAUGAUUUAUAGGAGGGACACUAAAGCGAGAUUUAAACUCCAACAGAAGCAUGAUGGCGAAAAAGAAGCUAGUCUUUCAAAGGAUAUCGGAAAGAUGUGGAGAAAUGAAUCGCAAGAUACCAUCAGGUUGUUCAACUCCUUGGCUAAUAUAGCCAAAAAAAUGCACUUAAAAAAGUACCAAAAUUACAAGUACAAACCAAUCAAGAAGCAAAUGGUCGGAAAUAAGAAGAAAAGUAAGGAAAUUAACGAAAGCGAAUCAACCGUUAACCUCAACCUUCCGAUGUCUCCUCCUGUUAUUAGUUCACCCGAACCCGAUGCCUCAUUAGAAUUCGAGACUUGUGAAGGUUAUUCGAAUUUAGAUAAUAAUAAUUUGGAUACCAUCAAUUUUAACACCGCGUCAGAUCAUUAUCCUUUUAAUUUAUUCGUUGCUUGGUUUGGUGUUUGUUUAAUAUUUCUUGGCGUUUGGUUAAGAUGGUAUGCCAUGAGAAUUAAUAGAUUUUUUACUAGAAAUCUUAGAAUCGGUGAAGGACAAUUCAUUGUCACCGAAGGUCCAUAUAGACAUAUAAGACAUCCGGGUUAUUUGGGUCAAUUAUUAAUAUGGAAUGGUUUCGGUUUAUCUUCUGGAAAUUACUUGGUAGCCUCAAUUAUUUUUAUUGUUAUUUCAAUAACUUAUUGGUUUAGGAUAAGAAAAGAGGAAGUUAGUUUAUUAAGAACUUUUGGUGUUGAUUAUUUAGAAUAUUCAACUAGGGUUAGUAAAUUAAUUCCUCACAUCUAUUAA